GCCUUAAUCUCCUGUGACGCUAAAAGCAUCUUCUUAGUCACUAGCUGCGACGGCAUAAAUAGUGGAAUAGGUUCUGGGGCCAGCAAGGAGGUUCGAGUAUGUUUUUUCUGUGGAAGAUGCAGAUUUUUGUAUAGGUAACAGCACACUGCUGCUUGUACGCUGCAGACAUAAUAGCAGUGAAGGCUGCCGCUCCAAGGAGCUGAUUGUGCCUGUGGCUCUGGUCUUGUCAUCCCGUCUGCUCUGGUGCUACUCUCACUGCUGGAGGAAGCCCUCGCUAGGACAGCCUAGUCUGAGUGACGAGAGGAAAACAUGGCACAAGCACCCACUGAUCCAAGUAAUGUGGAAACCGCUGACCCAGAGGAGAGUUCUCCAAAUAUGAUAGUCUACAGAAAGAUUGAAGACAUCAUUACAAGAAUGCAGGAUGACAAAACAGGUGGAGUUCCCAUCCGCACUGUCAAGAGCUUUCUGUCCAAAAUCCCCAGCGUCGUCACUGGUGCUGAUAUUGUGCAGUGGCUUAUGAAGAACCUCAGCAUUGAGGAUCCAGGGGAAGCAAUACACUUGGGAAGUCUUAUUGCUGCACAGGGUUAUGUCUUUCCAAUCUCAGACCAUGUCCUUACCCUGAAAGAUGAUGGGACGUUCUAUCGUUUUCAGGCACCAUAUUUUUGGCCUUCACACUGCUGGGAACCUGAAAACACAGAUUACGCCAUCUAUCUUUGCAAACGGACCAUGCAGAACAAAGCUAGGCUGGAACUGGCAGAUUAUGAAGCCGAAAACUUAGCAAGACUUCAGAGAGCAUUUGCAAGAAAGUGGGAAUUCAUCUUCAUGCAAGCUGAGGCCCAAGUGAAAAUUGACAGGAAAAAGGAUAAAACAGAAAGAAAGAUUUUGGACAGCCAGGAAAGAGCAUUCUGGGAUGUGCACAGGCCUGUGCCAGGCUGUGUGAACACCACAGAAAUGGACAUUAGAAAGUGUCGUCGUAUGAAAAAUCCACAGAAGGUGAAAAAGUCAGUAUAUGGGGUUACAGAGGAGGCUCAGCCCCAAAGCCCUGUACAUGUGCCCUCCCAACCUGUACGCAAAACUACAAAAGAGGAUUUCCGGAAACAAAUAACUUUUCUGAACAUGCAGAUAGAGAGACAUUGUUUAAAGAUGUCCAAAGUAGCAGAAAGUUUAAUAGCCUACACAGAGCAGUAUGUGGAAUAUGACCCCUUUAUAACACCUGCUGAGCCUUCCAAUCCCUGGAUAAGUGAUGAUGCAGCGUUGUGGGACAUUGAAAUGAGCAAAGAACCUAGUCAGCAGCGUGUGAAAAGAUGGGGUUUCUCCAUGGAUGAGGUGCUGAAGGACCCAGUAGGACGAGACCAGUUCCUUCGUUUCCUGGAAUCAGAAUUCAGCUCUGAAAACCUCAGGUUUUGGUUGGCUGUCCAGGAUCUCAAGAAACAACCUCUACAGGAUGUAACCACCAGAGUGGAAGAAAUCUGGCAAGAGUUUCUAGCUCCUGGGGCUCAAAGUGCUAUCAACCUGGAUUCCCACAGCUAUGAGAAAACCAGCCAAAAUGUCAAAGACCCAGGGAGAUAUACAUAUGAAGAUGCACAGGAGCACAUUUACAAGCUGAUGAAGAGUGACAGCUAUGCGCGCUUCCUCCGUUCGAAUGCUUACCAGGACUUAUUGCUGGCAAAGAAGAAGAAAUCCCCCCGAGGGAAUCCCAGCCAAGCGUCGGAUGAGACCCAACAUGGCUUCUCAGGGAAAGUCUCUGGCAAGCAAGCGCCUCACGGGCCUGAUGCAGUCCUCCUGACGGCUUCAGCCGACUGCCCCAUGAGAGGGACAUGUGGGACCGCUGCUGGGGAUGGGGCAUUCCAGGGAGAACUGGUCCAUGUGGGGGAAAGAGCCUAGGCGAGCACAAGAGGAGCCAUGCACCAGGGGAGCGCCUCUCUUCGCAGUUUACAUCGACACUUUCCUACCUGCACAGCUUUGUAAAGAUGCCAAGCUCUGUGCAGGUACUUUGCUUCUGACCAGGGUUUGGAGGAGCACACUUCACCAUACGCAGAAGGUCAACAAGGCAAGGGCUUGCUGUCGUGUUUAUUUAAGGGAACAGACCCAAACACAGCUUAGAGAAAGAAGAGCUGAGAGAGAUCGGUACUUUUCCUUCAUCUCUUCUGUUCAUGGCACAAACAUGGCUGUAAUAGAUGGUGCCGCAAUCUCACUUGCUCCCUUUCUUGUGGCUGUGUGGAUCCAAUAAAAUACCUGCUGGAAGCUGCUUCUCCUUCUCACAAAAUCUCAAAUGAAUUUCUCCUGCAGAUAUUGACUUUAGCUUUGGUUUUCUUUCCUAUAUCUCUCCUUCUUUAAAGCAAUGGAAAAGAGAAAGGCACAUUUAAGUUCAUCACUCACUGUCCUUCCAAUAGCAUGUAGCAUGCCCAGAGAUGAUGGCCAGAUCCUCAGCUGAAGUCAGGAGAGCACGAGUGGUUUUCAUCACCUGAGGAUCUGCCCCAUUGAGUCAGACUGAUCCUGGUGCAAAUCCUCUGACGUCAACGAAAUCGCUCGGCAUGUGCACGUAGUACAAAUGUGGUCAGACUCUGCCUGAAGCUCAAAAAGUCAUGUUUUCGAUGUGUAAUGCACACAUACACACACAUACACGUAGUAUUUAAAAGUGAGUUGUUUUAUACUGUAUUUGAUUUUUUUAUUUAUUUAAUGUUUUACAUACUUAAAGGUGGAUGUUCAAGCUUUACUCCAAGUAGAUAAAAUUAGACUCCAACUCCAAUCACAGAGGGGCAAAAUCUGCUCACGUGUGUACAGGGAAAGGCAACUCUGGUGUGGGCAGGUGUUAAAGUUCAGUCUGCAGUGAGGAGGGAAUUGAUGGACAUGGCACCAGAAGAAGAAGGGUGGGAACAGGCAGGGUGCUGGGUGACAGGUAGCCCUUCCUAAAAAGCAUCACACCCAGCUGUGAUAUAAUGCUCAGGUAACUGAGUCCACUGAGAACCAUCAUUGUAAGAGUGCAUUUGUACCACUGAAGGAAAUGAGCUUCCACUAAAACUCAUCUGACCUACAGCCCAUCAAUACAACUGCAAGUAGCUUGUUUCAAACUGUUGGGAGUAUGGAGGCUAGAUUGAGGACAGAUGUGAAGUGACUUUAAUUAAAAACCCCAUGUAUCCUAGCUGCAGAUAGAAAAAUGGACUGUAUUCACAUGCAGUGUAUUGCCUAUAUAUGAAAUUUUCAAGGCUCAGCUGACUUAGUGCCACAAGACCUCCUGUCUGGAUCCAAUACAAUUUGCAAGCAGUUCAGAUCUGAAGCAUAUGUGAAAAUAGACAUUUCUUGGUUGACGUUUCACUCAUGCCAAGGCAAAUUGGCUUUUUGUGCAGGUGGUAGAAAUUACUAUAUGGCUACAAGUCUGCAUUCCUACCUAGGCAAAACCAUCUAGCUAAGUAGACAACUGGCUAUCAACAGUGUUCACUUCUGAGGCAAGUAUUAAUCUAAUAUCUUAGGCCUAUAUAUGCACAAAAUCAGGCCAGCAUAGUUUGUCAGAAGAAGGACCUUCCUUCUUUACCUGUAACAUUUCUCAUUUGAUACCUCUUUUGUUUUUUCCCCCUCAGAAAAUUCCUAUUAUCAAUUUAACCUAAGGUCCAUAGGAUCCUCUACACCUGCAUGAAUGUACAGUAGAAUAUUGAAUAUUGUAUUUAUUCUUUACACACACCUAUUCCCAUAAACACUCUGAUUUCUGAGGUCUUGAGACAAAAUUCAUCCUACACAUACAUGACAUACAGUGAGUUCCAGGACUGCAGCACCAUCAUGGAUGUGCCUGUACAUUCAUGUGGUGUCCUGCCUCUGAAGAGGACAUUUAGUCCCCUCCAAACUGUCACUUUGCAGGACACAUUUUUCCUCUGUUGCCCACCCAACCAAAGGGUCCCCUUGGGUAAUAGUGGGUCUGUGCGUAACAGGCACAUUCAUGCACAUUCAUACAUGUCCCUGUACAUUGCUCCUAGGAAAAGGCAAAGGCUGGUUCUUCUCAGAGCCUUGUUGAUGAUGUUAUUAUCUGUGUCAAACCCACCAUCGCCAUGCGUCACUGGAGCCCUAUAAACCAACAACUGCUCACACCACAAGCUACUCUACUGCCAGUGCUGCCCAGCCUCUAGGCUGAGGCAUUUCUCACGGGAGGUCUGUCCUACAAACCCUCAAACUGGUCCGCAGAGCAUUCCUGAGGUGGGUGUACACAUAAAGCAAGAACUCCAGUAUGUAGCUAGGAGCAGAGACAGCAAAGUUACCAGGAGGUCUCUUCUUUGCAUUGAGUUCCUGACACUGGGCGGGUCUCCGGGGGAAAGAUGGCGUAGCUCCAUGGAGCUACUCUUCAGUGUCCUGCAGCAUGGGGCACACAUGGACAGGGCUCGAGGAUGCUGCAGGUGCAUGGGACAGGUGGAAUUUGGGUUAUGGUCUGCGCGGGGAGCAGCAAUGUCAGACUAACUUGAAGCUGUGCCGCUGGCCCGUGAGCAAAGCAUCCUGCUUUGUCUUUCCUGCUCCAUUCCUGUAGGACAGUAGUGUUGGCUGCCACAGUGUUUUCCCUGGUGAGAAUAUUCUGUGUUUGAACAGUUGAAUGCAUGAAGGGAAUUCUUACUGACAGAGAGCAUACAUAUGGGCAUACAUCAGGGGGCCUGCAUGCUGAACAGCUUGCCAUUUAAAUGCACACUCGUGCAAGCUAAUCUGCUCAGUAAUGGCUAGCUGAGCGGACAGAGAUGCAUAUUCUCUGGAGAGAAGAAAGCUCUGCUCCUCAUUUCUGGACUACAUUUCUCUAAAACAAACAUGAGAGUAGACAAGGCCUCCUCCUGGGAACAUGAAUGAACUGCUCUUCACAUGUCCUUUACUUCACAUAUGAUGAUACCAACAUGUAACUACUUCCACCUGAACUGAAUCCUUGAAUUAUUGCUUUUUAAUGACAUUGUUUUUUCCAAGUGAUGCUACUCUUGUACACCCACCAGUAUCCCAUUGAGUGUUGCAAGCAGUAAUCUGCUGCUUUAUAAGCGUUCCAUGUCUUCCAACUACCUCAUCGUCCUGAAGAUGAGUUAGGAAAUCAGCUUUCCACUUCUGUUUAUGUUCUAAAUGGCAUUGUUUCAGGGAAAGGCAGUCUGAAAAGCUUUUACGAUGUCCAUGCUGUGCAAGCUAGCUACAAAGCUUCCCAUACUUACAGGGCUAUGGCUGUGAAAUAUGGCUGUACACUGUUAUUUGGAUAAUAGAGUAUCCAGAGCAUUCAUGGCUAUUGUGGUGAAACAGCACCAGGGCACACACUAGGAAGGUUCAACGAGCCUGUGCAGAAGCAUUAGGCUUAAGCAAAUGGAUUAAUGUACUCUCAGUAUAACUCAGCUCUAAGAUCCCAUAGAGUACUGUAAUAAAAUGGUAGCAGGGCAGCCAUAAAAAGUGGCAGUAAGCUGACAUAAUAAUACCAGGAUAAAUGUAGCAAUAAGGUAACACAGGCCACUGCAGUAAAGUAGCAUUUUGAUAAUGCAGCAAUAAGACACAACAGGAUGCUGCAGUAAAUUAGUUUGGGGAAUAAGGCAGUAAUAAUGGUGUGUGGACAAACGGUGGUACAUUUGUACCAGGUACUGCAGCAAUAAAGAUAACAUAAGGUGUCCUAGUAAUAAGUUACUACAGUAACAACAACAUGAUGCGGUGUAAAGUUAUAUCGGGAUGCUUCCAUGCUGCAGUCCAAUCCUACAAGAUGUGGUAGUGAGACAAUGAAGACAAAAUAUGACCCAUUUCAGACUGCAAAACAUGAGGCAGUUUUCUGCUCAGAAACCCAAAUUCUGGAAUUCAGCAAUACCAAUCCUGUCACUCCCUGCGUUCAAGGAAGCUGAGGCAAGAGUGUUCUCCCAUCCACUCUGUUAUUUUGAUAUGAAAAUACAAAGCUGACUCAUUGUCUCUUCAGCCAAAAUGCCACAGACUAUGGUGAAGUACUUUUGUUAGUCCUUACUCAGGUGAAACCCUGGUGAGUCCUUUGCCUUGGAAAGGAUUUGGCUCUCUCAUCUUCUGGCAUGGGUGGUGCUUUUAGCCUACAAUUAUUUCUGUUUCGGGGUGGGGAAGGGGAACCCAGGUACAGAACAUCUGACUGUACUGGCCUGUUUCCUGAAAUGCACAAAUAAAUUGAGCAUCCUGGAAAAGUCAAA